AUGACUUUUGAGGAGUAUAAAAAUUUAAUUAAUAGUCGAAAAUCUUUCGUCAAAUACACAUACCCACCUUCGGUACCCAACAGGGAUAAAUUCCCGCUGCCAAGAAAGCACGAGUACGAUUAUGACUUUCUCCAUCCUUUUCAGAAACUUGGCUUAUUGUCGUUUCUCAGGUACGUGUUCCCGCGGUGGACCAUCCGUCCGGACGGACGCUACAUGCAACGCUACGAGUGGUUCCGCGCCAUUUGUGCCAUGAUGAGCGCGUUUGUAUUCCCGUGCUACAUGUACAUGUCUCUUCAGUUCCCCUUUGUCCAUAGCAUGGCUAUUUUUCUUGACUACUGUGCCUAUUUUGACUUAUUGCAGCGCAUGCUGGUGGCGUUUUAUAACGAAAAGGGCAUCCUCGUGUACCACCCCGCCAGUACCGCAGCUCAUUAUAUCAAGGGUGCCUUUAUCGUCGACCUUUUAGGUUUACUACCAUUAGAGAUACUCGAUAUGGGGCGAUCUAAAAUGUAUAAACACCCAACUAAGGAUAUGUACAUUGUUUCGAAAAUAUCACAGUAUUUAGCGUGCAAUCGACUGCUGCAGCUGUACCGGCUGCCCAGCGCAUUCAACACGCUCUCUGCGUACAUCGAAAGAGAAGACAUCCUGCUCAUCGUGAAGGGGAUGCCUCUGUUGAUGGGACUGUUGAAUGUAAUGACAAUGAGUAUGUUGGAAGAAUCGAUAAUUAUUUAUAAGCCUGAAGAAGGAGCCGGAUGGCUAUUUUUAAAAUUCACAGACGACGGCAGCCAGUGGCUUGAGAAGGCCAAUGAAUCGUCAAUGAUGCUUACAACUUACUACUCGGUGCGCGUGAUAAGCAUCCGGGCGAACGUGAACCAAGCCUUAGCUGGAUUUCAGGAGCACAUCCGAGAUAUUACAGACUUCAUGAAACAAGAGAAAGUCUCAGCGGAACUACAUAAGGAGGUGAUCGAUUAUUAUACGUACAGCUGGGAUAAAAUGGGCGGCAUUGACUACAGUAGCAUGUUCAAGCUCUGCGAUCAGAUCACGUUGCGCACUGACGCUAUUAUGAACAUCUAUGGACCGACAUUUAACAAGGUGCGUACGGACUGA